AUGCCGACGCCGGUGGCCGCGGCGCGGCAGUGCCUCUCUCCGGCCGCCGUCACCGCCCUCGACGCGGCCGUCGUCUCCGCGCGCUGCCGCGCCCACGCGCAGACAACCUCGCUCCACCUCAUCUCCGCCCUGCUCGCGCCUCCCGCCCCGCCGCUCCUCCGCGACGCGCUCGCGCGGGCACGCAGCGCCGCCUAUGCCCCGCGCGUCCAGCUCAAGGCGCUCGAGCUCUGCUUCGCGGUCUCGCUCGACAGGCUCCCCUCCGCCUCCUCCUCCUCCUCUGCCUCCGGCGCCGACGACGCGGAGCCGCCCGUCUCCAACUCGCUCAUGGCGGCCGUCAAGCGCUCGCAGGCCAACCAGCGCCGCAACCCGGACACCUUCCAUUUCUACCACCAGGCGGCCACCGCGCAGGCCCCCGCCGCCGUCAAGGUCGAGCUCUCGCAGCUCGUGCUCGCCAUCCUCGACGACCCCCUCGUCAGCCGCGUCUUCGGCGACGCGGGCUUCCACAGCGGCGACAUCAAGCUCGCCAUCCUCCGCCCUGCGCCGCCCAUGCCCAUGCUCGGCCGCCUCCCCACGCGGAGCCGCCCGCCGCCUCUCUUCCUCUGCAGCUUCGCCGCUGCCGACGACGCCGAUGUGCCCUCGCCAGCUGCAGGGAGCCUCGCCAGCGGCACCGGGGAGGAGAACUUCCGCCGCAUCCGCGAGGUUCUCGCCCGAGGCCGCAAUCCCAUGCUCGUCGGCGUCGGGGCUGCCUCCGCCGCUGCCGACUUCGCCGCCCUCUCGCCGUACCGUGUCCUCUCCGUCGGUCCAAGCUCCAUCGACCAGACGGAACUUGGCGUGGCGGCCGCCAUGGCCAGCGCCACCUCCGGCCUCAUCAUAAACAUCGGUGACCUCAAAGAACUGGUCCCUGACGACGGCGAGCUCCAAGAGAUGGGGCGCCGGGUGGUGGCGGAGGUGACGCGAGUGCUGGAGACGCACAGAGCUGGCCGUGUCUGGGUGAUGGGGUGGUCGGCCACGUACGAGACCUACCUCACCUUCUUGUCCAAGUUCCCCUUGCUCGACAAGGAUUGGGAGCUCCAGCUGCUACCGAUCACGGCAGUGCGCGCCGGAGGCAGCCCCGCUGCGCUCAUCCCUCAGGCAACCACCGCCGCGGCUUUCUCCAAGCCUAUAUUGAUCCGGCUAUUCCAUCGAAGGGUGAUGGACUUUAUGGAUUCGCUCAUUCCUUUUGGAGGACUUGUCAGUGAUUCCUACGAAGCUAACAGCCUCACAGCAAAUUCUUGUCCUCCGGCCCUUCGGUGUCAACAGUGCAAUGAUAGAUAUGAGCAAGAAGUUGCUACUAUCAUUAGAGGAAGUGGCAUUACAGCUGAAGACCAUCACCAGGGAGGUCUACCUUCGCUGCUGCAGAAUGGCAGCAUGAUAGGUGCUAACAAUGGAUUUGAUGCAGUCAAGGUUAGAGAUCAGAUGGUAUUGAAUUCAAAAAUAUCGAAUCUAAAGAAGAAGUGGAACGAGUAUUGCCUACGGCUCCACCAAGGCUGCCAUAGGAUCAACAGUGUUCCAUACCAGUUAUUUCCGCAUUAUAUUGGUGUUCCAGCCAAUGGGGAAAGAGCAGAAAAUCUGAGCAAAGGUCCUGAAUCAGUUGAACUUCAAAGGGAGGUUAUUAGACCUUCUGUAGUGUCUGUUCCACAUACCAAUGCUACCACAACGAGUAUUUCACCCCCAUCUAUCUCUAACCAAAGGACUGACAACCUUACAUUGGAACUUCAAGCUGGGUUUUCAAAGAGUGAUGAAAAGCAGUCCCGACAUGAAACCCUGUCAUACUGUCAUGAUGGCGAAGAUCACGUGUCACCAUCAUCCGCUGCAUCUGUGGCGACUGACUUGGUUUUAGGCACGCCUCGUGAAUCUUCUUCCAACGGUACAAAUUCUGCCAGCUGCAAACAUGUAACUGAUGCAGAGAUAUCUGUACCCAAGAAAGUUGAUGAUUUGAAUCUGAAGCCUCCGCAGAUCUUUGCACAACCCUUUGCUUGUUCCAAGAGUUCCACAAAUAUGGGGCAAACAUCACCUAGUGCUCGGCAUUCAGCAGCUUCUGGAGGUUUGUCUGCUUUUGGUCAUUGGCAGCAACCUUCACACCUCGCAGCACAAGGUUCUGAUUUGAGUAAUUACAAGCUACUUGUGGAACGCCUGUUCCAGGUUGUUGGAAGGCAGGAGGAAGCCUUGAGUGCUAUUUGUGGUUCCAUUGUGCGGUGCAAGUCAAUGGAGAGGCGCCGUGGUGCAAGCAGGAAAAAUGACAUUUGGUUUAGCUUUCAUGGUUCUGAUUGCAUGGCCAAGCGCAGAGUUGCUUUGGCGCUUGCAGAGCUCGUACAUGGCAGCAAAGAGAACAUGAUUUACCUGGACCUGAGUCUCAAGGAUUGGGCCGACUCAAGUUACAGAGGAAAGACUGGCACUGACUAUAUUGUUGACGAGCUGAGCAAGAAACGGCGAUCUGUCAUCUUCCUUGAUGAUGUCGAUAAAGCUGACUGCCUUCUCCAGGACACUCUGACUCAUGCCAGUAAGACUGGUAGAUUCCGAGACUUGCGUGGCAAGGAAGUUGACAUUAAUGACUCCAUUGUUGUGCUGUCAACAAGAACAACCAGAGGCUCCAAAAGUGUGUCUGUUGGAGUGGAAGAGGGUCUUACUUUCACUGAAGAUAAGAUCCUGGCAGCUAGUGGACAUCAACUGAAGAUCCUGGUAGAAUCAUGUACGGCGAUCAGCAGUGAAGGCCAGGGUGAUAAGGUGAUAGUUUCCCCCGGGCACCCUCUCGCCAAAAUUCGUGCAUCUUUGUGCUGUGGGGGUUCAGUCAGCAAGAGAAAGUUCAACAUUUCUGAUGACCAAGAAAAGCUGCAGGAGGAAUCACCGAGCAUUUCCAAGCGACUGCACAGAACAUCAAGUGUUCCGUUCGACCUGAACCUCCCCAUCGACGAGGAUGGUUCGAGCGAUGCUGAUGACCACAGCGGCAGCAAUGACAACUCAUAUGGCACUCCAGAGAGGUCCAUGGACAGCCUCUUGUGUUUGGUUGACGAGCCCAUCGAUUUCAAGCCAUUCGACUUUGACAAAGUCGCCGACUACGUGCUGCAGGAGUUGAGCAAUACACUCCACAAAGUUCUGGGCUCCGGCUGCACACUGGAAAUUGAUGUCGGUGCAAUGGAGCAGAUAAUUGCAGCGGCAUGGGCAUCAGAGGGUAAGAGGCCUCUCCAGGCCUGGCUGGAUCAGGUGUUCGCUGGAAGCCUUGGGGAACUGAACGUCAAGUGUGUUAUCACCAUUCAAGCUUGGGUCAGUUUGGUAGAAGACAACAUCUCCAACAUCGCUUACGAAGUGAUCGACUCUCAAGCUCCUGAGGAGGACAUGGAAGAGGUGAAGUGGCAGUGGACCUGA